AAGCCGCUCAACUUCCAGCUCACCCGGAAUGAAUAGCGGAGUAGAAUGGACAGAAAGCUCACAUUCGACAGUGACUAGUGCUGUUUAACUACGAAGAAAGAAGAGCGGAAAGAAGAGGGGGAACAAAGCAAUUGUACGAUAUGACGCGGGACGGCUGACAAUUACGACCAAAACGAAUGCGCCAAAUGAAUGGGCUCUGCUCGAGACGUUAAAUCCGGAAACGUCUGCGCUGUACGUGCUGUACGUGUGACGUCAGAGCGUCAGCUGGCCCAAUGUUUACAUCCGGCAGUGGUGUGUUACUGACUGGAUCCCCGAAACAACAGGAGGCUGGUCACAAAGGAAAGCACAGUCACAGACAAGAUCCAUCAGCGGUUCGUUAAGGCAUCAUGGGCGGAGCUGUGAGUGCCGGGGAGGACAAUGAUGACCUGAUUGACAACCUGAAGGAGGCUUAUUACAUCCGCUCAGACCUGGUAGAGCGGGCUUUUCGUGCCAUUGAUCGCGCCGACUAUUACCUCGACGAAUACAGGGAGAACGCCUACAAGGACUUGGCCUGGCGACAUGGGAACAUUCACCUGUCAGCUCCAUGUAUCUACUCAGAGGUGAUGGAGGCCUUGGACCUCCACCCUCGUCUCUCCUUCCUUAACCUUGGCAGCGGGACGGGCUAUCUCAGCACCAUGGUGGGCCUCAUACUGGGACCAUUUGGAGUGAAUCAUGGGGUGGAGUUACAUGCUGAUGUGAUAGAAUAUGCCUACCAGAAGCUCGACUCCUUCAUCAAAACCAGUGACAGUUUUGACAAAUUUGAGUUCUGCGAGCCAUCCUUUGUGGUGGGCAACUGUCUGGAGAUCCCGCCGGAGAGCCGUCAGUAUGACAGAGUGUACUGUGGGGCAGGGGUGCAGAAGGACCAUGAGGACUACAUGAAGAACCUGAUCAAGGUUGGGGGCAUUCUGGUGAUGCCUCUUGAGGAAAAGCUGACCAAGAUCACUCGCACAGGACCAAACAGCUGGGAGACCAAAAAGAUCAUUUCAGUGUCCUUUGCUCCUCUAGUGCUGCCCAAACUCAACAUUAAUGGCAAACCCAAGGCUGUCCCAUUACCAAAGUAUGAGGUACAGACAUUACAGGAGCUCGCUCGUUUCUGCAUCCGACACACUCUCCAAGUGACCACAGAUAGAGAAAGCCAAUCACAGACCCGUGGCUCCUCCUUCAGCGUGGGCAGGGGUCUGGCUGUGGCCGGGCUACACAAGUACGGCCCUCGCUUCAAGCGCCGCCGUGUUCAUCGACGCCGCUGCAACGCCCCCGUCCUGGCCACCCAUCAGGUCGUCGGCAGCAGUAUGAGCCCUGCAUCUCUGGACAGCAACAACAACCAGGGAGGGAGGAUGGAGGAUGAAGAGGAGGCGAGGAGAGAAAUGAGAGGGAGCAGGAGGUUGGGUAGGGGAUCAAGAGCGGUCAUGGUGGAGGAAGAGAUGGUGGAAGAAGAGGCUGAAGAAGAGCAGGAGGAGGAGAAAGAGACGGGAGAGCUUCUCCGAGUCCAGCCUGCUAUUAAUGUGCUGAGAGAGAGGAUCCUGGGCCUGCCUCUGCCUGAGCCUCUGAAGAGGUUCCUCUUGUACUACAGAAACAAGUGAGCUGGUCCUGAGUCAGCGCAAACAAGCCAGCAGAGACUGAAGCAUCCCUCCCACUUAUAGAAGGUAGGACAACAUGUCUGACUUCACCUGUCUGCCUGAUGGAUCUAUGUGUAGAUUAUUCCUAUACCCAACAUGUUUGAUCAUUGUGCAGUUGUGAUUUGCUGCUGAAUGUAUAUAAUCAUGGAAAUUUUGUAUGAAGUAUCAAGCUUUGGUGAGAAUAAACUGGUCUUUGUUUUUUUGUAAAUUGAGCUGUAUUAUUGACUGCUGUAAUAAAGUGGGUAAUACAAAAGACAGUCCACUUGUAAAAGUGACUAUUUUCACCAUUGAAGACUGCAACAACUGCUCAGGAAAUGAAUGCUGAAACGCCUUAGAAGUUUGUCCGACAAUCAUUUAUCGGUGGG